GGUAUCUAACUUAUCGCACCACAACAUCUUUCGGUCCUUACGUCUGCUACAAAUUGCCGGUUUUUUAAUAAAAUGUAAUGUAAACAUAUCGGAUAGCUAUAAUAUCAGCAGAAACCACAUUUAGCACUCAGCAGACUCUCGGUUUCUGCUGAAAACUAUUGCUUCAAAUCAGACAGUACAGCAACUCCAGCUGAAGAGUGGCUUUCUCGUACCAGAAUCAGACCUUCUUCACCAUUAGUCAUUGUGGUAAAACCAUAACUCAAACAAACUCAGUAAUGCUUAAAUCAACUUUCAUUCCUAUUUUCUCCACUUUCCCCACCAAACCCAUCACAGCUCUCCAAAAAUUCCCACCUUAUUUCAUAAUCACCAACGCAUACACACAAUCCCCACAACCUGUUCACCAAAAUGCCUCACUCAAACCAUCCACCACAAACCCACCUCCAACUUCAGCUUAUAUUCACCUCCCAUUCUGUCGCAAACGGUGCCACUACUGCGACUUCCCAAUCGUUGCUCUCGGCUCCUCAAACCCAACAGACACCGACCCAAGAAUCUCCAACUACAUAGAGUUACUUCAACAAGAAAUACUCUCAACAAAACCGAAUUUCAACUCUCACUCGCCUCUUGAAACUGUGUUUUUUGGGGGCGGAACGCCUUCUUUAGUAUCGCCAAGGCUGGUUUCGUCGCUUUUGGAUACAUUAAAAGAUAAGUUUGGAGUCUGCAAUGAUGCUGAGAUAUCAAUGGAAAUGGACCCUGGUACUUUUGAUGCUAAGAAAAUGAAGGAAUUGAUGGUGUUGGGUGUUAAUAGAGUGUCGUUAGGAGUGCAAGCUUUUCAAGAGGAACUGCUUAAAAGCUGUGGAAGAGCACAUGGGAUUAAGGAAGUUUAUGAAGCUAUUGAGAUUGUUGGUUCAUGUGGGAUUGAGAAUUGGAGUAUUGAUCUUAUCUCGUCUCUUCCUCAUCAGACUCCACAAAUGUGGGAAGACAGUUUGGUUCAAACAGUAAAAGCACAACCUAAGCAUGUUUCUGUAUAUGAUUUGCAAGUUGAACAAGAAACGAAAUUUGGAAACCUUUAUACACCAGGAGAAUUUCCUCUGCCAACCGAAUCGCAGGCUGCUGAUUUCUAUAAAAUGGCUUCAAGGAUGCUUUCGGAGGCUGGUUAUAACCAUUAUGAAAUUAGUAGCUAUUGCCAAGAUGGAUUUGAGUGCAAGCAUAAUUAUACUUACUGGAAGAACAAACCUUUCUAUGCUUUUGGACUUGGCUCUGCUAGUUAUCUAAAUGGUGUGAGGUUUUCGAGGCCAAGGAGGAUGAAAGAGUAUGCCGAUUAUGUGCGUAAUCUGGAGAAUGAGACGGUGAACGAUAGUGGAAAUGAUAGUCGUGAUGCUAAAGACAUGGCUAUGGAUAUUGUGAUGCUCUCACUUAGAACUGCAAAGGGACUUGAUUUGAGGUCAUUUGCAGAUGCCUUUGGUAGCUCACUGGUUUUUUCUCUCUGCAAGGUCUAUGAACCGUAUAUAGAGAGCGGUCAUGUGGUUUUCUUAGAUAAGGAUAGAGGAGCUGUGACUGCAGACAAAUUUAAAGCCCGGUUUACGUGUGAAGAUGAGAUUGGGAUUGGUUUAGCUUAUAUCCGGCUCAGUGAUCCGGAUGGAUUUCUGAUGUCAAAUGAAUUGAUAUCUCUUGCAUUUAGGGUUAUAUCCCCUUAGAAUCGCAAACCAGAACUUAUUGGAAGUUUGGCAGUUGAUAGUGGAAGCAUGACUAUAUUUCCGAACAUAAUUUGUUUGCUUAUUGGUGCUUCCGUGGAACCUUUACAGAAACCGGAAAAACGUAAUGUUCUAUGGACAUCGCGGACAAAGGGUGUUCUGUUUAUAACUCAUAAGUAAGAUUGACAUUGCAUAUUCAAUCAUUUACAACAAGCCUCUAAACAUUAGUCAAUAGUAUAAUUGUUACAGAAAAGUUGGAAGUAUAUGUUCAAAUUUUCCAUAUCAGAAGAGCACAAAAAUCGGGGUGGAUGCCAUUUCACAAGAGAUCUGAAUAUCAACACAUAAUCGGUUUUUGAACCAUCUCCUGGAAUAAUUUGUCCAUGGCCAAUGUGUCAAGUUCGGUCUUUCAAACAAGUCCUCUGCUUUUGCUAUAUAAUGAUCUUGUGGAGGAGUAGCUUAAGUAUGCCUGCAAGAAGCAUGUACUUGCUCAAUAUCUAUUUACUAGCUCGUCUACAUGACUACAUCUAUUUAUUCAUGAAACAUGCAAAUCCAUUUUAUUCCGAUAUUAAGUACCAUUAUUGCCAUUGCAAA